GAAAAGCUCUUAAACACUUGGAAACUUUUACUUCUUGCGCUUCCGAGGAUAUCCUCUGGAGAGGAGAUUUACUCUUUCCACCUCAUGCUUUAAGUUGUUUGUUUGCUCUUUCUGUAUGGUUUUGAGAAAGGCUCUACCUGUGAAUGAGAAGGAUUGCAUUUCUUUUUUUUUUUUUGGCUACAAAGGACAAUAACCAGUGGGAUUACAUCGUCCAGAUCUGCUGGGAGUUGCGGCCAAAGUUUUCCAAGCGCGUGUGGAUUCCGGUUUCCCCUCUGAAAGUAGCAACGUUACCUAUACUGAACCUAUGAGGAGUCUGGCUGUUAUGUUUGCCCGUUUGCCUAUCCUGCUUAUUUAACCGCAGUCCUUCUGCUUUAGAAGUUGGAGUACCUCUAGGGUUUUUUUAUUUUUAAUUUUCCUGGAGACUCUCUUCCUCCUCUUAUCUCUUCAUCCCUACCUCCUUCACCUUUCUCUCCCUCUCUCCUUUGUGUGCUCUGGAGAAGGAGGAGCUCAGGACCAAAAAAGAAGAAGAAGGACUGGAUAGUGAUGUCAUGUGUGUUCACAUUUUCACCAAGAAAGCUUAAUGGAGAGGGCUCAGGGGCGCAACAGCAGUUCAACAAACUAGGCUAACUGCUGAGACAAAGACCCUCGCUUUCAUUCGUCUUGUCAGCUGUUGUGUUUUGGGGGCAAUAACAGCCCCUCUGAAUUGCUGACUCCGCCCCCCUCUCCAUGGAACCACUCUGAACCCACCAGAACCCCACUGCCAGCUAGUUAUGGACUGCACGGCGGCUAUUUUGAAAGCAUGCGCCCGCUCCAGGACCAAGUGGUGUCGGCACGAGCGCUCCUCUGUCCGUCGCCCGUGGAGAGUGGCGGGCAGCUGCAGUUGCGGCGCGGCCGCCACUGGCCACGCCUCUUCCCUCCUGCGGCGCUUGCUGUUUUACGCCUGCUGUUGUCAGUCCCACGAGGACAGCUCUGAGCUGUGUCGGGAAUGGGUGGAUUGUCCCGGCGAAGCACCAAGAGGAAGGAGUGAGGAAGAAGGCGAGGAUGAGGAGUUAGGACCCCCACCCUCAGUAGACGAGGCGGCUGAUGCUCUGAUGACCAGGCUGGGCUUCCUGCUUGGGGAAAAGAUAAUCGGUGGAGAGCCGGGGUCUCCUUACCACGCCCAGCAUGAUAGAGAGAGGAUCUCUCCUUCCUCCAGUCUGGCCAGUAGCUGCACCUCCCCCUGCUCCACGCUGCAACCUCCUGCUGGAGGGGAGGGCAACGACGACAACAGGCACGCCUCCUCCAACCACGCCUCCGUCACCUCCCCCACCUCCACCCUGGAGAGCAGAGACAGCGGCAUCAUAGCCACGUUAACCAGCUAUUCGGCUGAGUCGGCAGCCGAACGGGACGACAGCGGCAAGGAUCCCGGUGACGGUUACCGUGGCAGCAGCCUGAAUCUGUGGCAGCAGGGGGGCCGGCCGGUGGUGGCCUCCAGCUCCUCCUCCUGUAUGGCGGCGGUAGGAAGCACAAACGACGGCUCCCUCUACAGGGCGGAGGACAUCAUGGCCGCCUCCACCUACAGCCUCAACAAACUCCACCCAGACCGAGGCCCUGGCUCCGCCCUCUCAUCAGGCUCCACCCACUCCAUCCCUCUCUACCUCAUGCCCCGGCCCAAUUCAGUUGCCGCCACUAGUUCUGCCCACCUGGAGGAUCUAGCCUAUCUGGAUGAGCAGCAGAGACCCAUCCCUUCAAGGACGUCCCUCAGAAUGCCCAGACAGAAUUCUGGGAGCCGUACUCAACAGGACCAAAGAGUUCGUUUCACUCCCUCUCUCAACCUGAAGCCCCUCCACUUUGAGGUCCCGGGUCUCUCGUCUGAUUGGCUGUUCACUGGCAGGGAGUGGCUCUUCCAGGAAGUGGACGCUUGUCUUCGCAGUGGUGACCCAUCAACCAGUCAGGGCGUGGUGAUCAUCGGCAACAUGGGCUUCGGCAAAACGGCCAUCAUCGCCCGCCUGGUGGCGCUCAGUUGUCAUGGAAACCGCAUGUCGCCAACUGCUACCAGCAACCAGACCAUGCCUAAACAUGUAGAGGCUGUUUCUUUCUCCCACGACUCCCUGGGAAGAGGAGGAGGGGGAGACGAAGGAGGAGGAGGAAGCUGUCCCGGGACUCCAGAGAUGAGGAGAAGACAGGAGGAGGCGCUGAGGAGGCUGGCGGGACAGGUAGUCUCGUAUCACUUCUGUCAGGCUGAUAACUGUCACACCUGUCUGGUUCCCGAGUUCGUCCACAACAUGGCGGCGAUGCUCAGCGACGCCCCUCAGCUGUCGGCCUAUCGGGAGCUGCUGCACCGGUCGCCACAGCUACAGAGCACGCUCAGUCUGCGCUCCUGCAUCCAGGAUCCAAGCUCCGCCCUCCAGAGAGGGAUACUACAACCACUGGACGCUCUCUACACAGAGAGGAAGUUGCAUGUGGAAGGGGCGGGGCUUAUCAUACUGAUUGAUGGGCUGAACGAGGCAGAGUUCCACCGGCCGGACUACGGCGACACGCUGACUUCCUUCCUGUCCCGAAACAUCCAGAAGUUUCCUUCCUGGUUGAAGGUCAUUACCACUGUCAGGACCAGUCAGCAGGACAUCACUCGUUCUCUACCUUUUCACUGCAUCUCUCUGGACAGGAUGGAAGAGAACAGCGCCAUAGACCAGGACCUGCAGGGUUACCUGAUGCAGCGUAUCCACAGCAGUGCGGAGAUCCAGAGCAACGUGUCGCUGAGCAACGGUCGCCUCGACAACACGGCACUGGCCAAGCUGAUCGGCCACCUGAAGAGCCUGAGCAGGGGCUCGUACCUCUACCUCAAACUGACCCUGGACCUGAUAGAGGGAGGCUACCUCGUCCUGAAGAGUUCCAGCUUCAAGGUGAGCACGGGUUUAGCAGUUUCUAAGUCUUUGCUGCAGCUCAACAUGCGUUUUCCCACCCAGUCAUCGUUCCAGAGAGUUCUGCCACUGCUCAACGUCACUGUGGCGUCGCUGCACCCACUGACCGACCAGCAGCUGUUUGAGGUGGUGAAUGCGGGCACUCUGACUGGAGGAACGCUACACUGGGGGGAGUUUGUGCACCGUCUGGAGCAGCUCUCCUCUUUCCUAGUGCGGCGGAGCGACGGCAACAGGAUGCUGAACCACGCCUCCUUCAGGGAGUGGCUGAUGUGGAGAGAGGAGGGCCAGGACGACAGGUUCCUCUGCGACCCCAGGAGUGGUCACACUCUCUUGGCCUUCUGGCUCUGCAGACAGGAAGGGAAGUUGAACCGACAGGAGACGCUGGAGCUGGGACAUCACAUCCUGAAGGCUCACAUCUACAAGGGUCUGAGUAAAAAGCUUGGGGUUUCCUCCUCAGUUCUGCAGGGGCUGUGGCUGUCCUACAGCACGGAGAACCUGAGCCCUGCUCUGUCAUCGCUGCGCAACCUCUACACCCCCAACAUCAAGGUGAGCAGGUUGCUGAUUAUGGGCGGGGCCGACGUUGAUUACCGUAGCGACGUCCUCAACAACGCGCCCCUGCUGUGUGUCCACGCUCACCUGGGCCACAGCGAUGCUGUGGCACUGCUGCUCGACCUCGGAGCUCAGGUGGAUGCUCGGUCACAUGACGGCUUGACCGCACUGGGAUUCGCUGCCGCGGCUGGACAGCUGGACAUCGUCACCGUGCUGAGUCAGCACUCCGCUAAGGUGGGUCAUGUGGACAGCUCCGGCCGGUGUGUGUUGGUGCACGCGGCCCAGCGGGGCCACCUCGAGGUGCUGCGCUUCCUGCUGAAGCGUGCGGACUGGAGCUGCACUUCCUGCUGCGGCCAGAGGGGGGCGAGCAGGGUCCAGGCGGUGCAGCAAGCACUGAUCGCAGCCGCCAGCAUGGGCCACACAGAGAUGGUGUCAUACCUCCUGGAUCUUCCAGAGGAGGACGAGAAAGAGGAGGAGAGACCGGAGAUCAACACAGCUGACAGUCUGUGGGGGGAGACAGCUCUGACAGCCGCAGCAGGAAGCGGCAGGCUGGCUGUCUGCAGGCUGCUGCUGGAUCAGGGCGCUGCCGUUGAGCAAGGCAACAGGCGGGGCGUGGCUCCCCUCUUCAGUGCUGUGAGACGUGGCCAUUUGCAGGUGGCGGAGCUCCUACUGAGUCACGGGGUGGAGGUGAACAUGGUCGACCAGCAGGGUCGAACUGCUCUGAUGACGGCAGCCUCAGAGGGACACAUGACCACCGCCCAGCUGCUACUGGAUCAUGGAGCCUCUCUGGACCAGGCUGACAGGGAGGGGUUAACACCACUGAGCUGGGCAUGUCUGAAAGGCCAGCUCCCAUUGGUCAGAGAGCUGGUGGAGCGAGGCGCAGCCACGAGUCACGCUGACCGCAGUGGACGGACCCCUCUGGAUCUGGCUGCCUUCUACGGAGACCCAGAAGUGGUGCAGCACCUGGUGGAUCACGGUGCGUCGGUGGAGCACGUGGACUGCAGCGGGAUGCGUCCUCUGGACCGGGCGGUCGGAUGCAGAAACACGUCGGCAGUCAUCGCUCUGCUCAAGAAGGGCGCCAAGAUAGGACCAGCGACCUGGGCCAUGGCUACGUCUAAACCAGACAUCUUGAUGGUUCUGCUCAGUAAAUUGAUCCAAGAGGGAGACCGACUGUACAAGCAAGGUAAUGUGAGGGAAGCUGCUCACUCCUAUCAGUCAGCUCUCCAGAAGUUUCCAGGGGACGAGCUGAAGACGUUCAGACAGCUGAUAGUGUGUGUGCUGCUCAACCUGUCUCGCUGCCACCGCAAGAUGAACGAUUUUGGCCUCGCCGAGGAGUUUGCCACCAAGGCACUAGAGCUGAAAGCUAAAUCCUACGAAGCCUUUUAUGCCCGAGCCCGCGCCAAACGUGGACGCAGACAGUUCCAUGCCGCCCUGGAGGACCUGAUCGAGGCCAGCCGCCUGUGCCCGUCCAACCGGGAGAUCCAGCGCCUACUGUCCCGGGUCAAGGAAGAGUGUCGGCAGGUGGCACAACAGCAAGACUCUCCCCCUACUUCGUCGCAUCCUGGUUAUCAACCAAACGCGGCUGUGUCCAUCAACGAGGCCAGGUGCCGAGAUUCCGGUUGUCUGCAGGUGCAGGACAGGGAGGGGCUUACUGAGGAAGAGGAGGACGAGGAGGAGGAGGAGGAGGAAGAGGAGGAGGGGAGUCACUCGAUCCACCCUCAACCUGUGGCUCAAAGUUUUGACACCCACUGCAGCCCUGGGGUGCCAUCCCCCUCUUCCCUCUCCCCCACUCACCUGUAUCGACACCUCCCAAGUCCCCCCCACUCCCCCUGCUGCUCUUCCCCCGCUCACUCUGCGCCUCCUCCUCCCCCGUCGUCGUCCUCCUCCUACCACCAUUUUAGCGCUCUGCAGCGACCCAGCCCGAUGUCGGAGAGUAUGCCUGCGCUGUCCGGAAGCGGAGGUCCGCGCCAGCAUCCGCAGUCUAGCGCGGCCCUCCGCCACUCGGAGCAGAACCCGGGGGUGCAGCAGCUCCACCACCUGUCCCAUCAGAGGUCCUUCCAAAAGCAGAACCCUGUUCAGGGCCAGUGGCUCCAACCGGCCAAAGUCCAGGUUGUCCGAACCAGUCAGCCCAGUUCCUCGGCCCACUCCAACGUGAUUUUGGGAAGUUCCGCUUACUCCCAGUUUGGCCAACUGCCGCAAGAGCUGGCCGAGCUGGGGGAAGGCAUUUGCCAGAGCCCUCCAGAUAUCCGGCCUAGCCUGCAGGUCCAGGCUGGUCUGACCUCCGGGUCUUCUUACCCACUAGAUGACGUAGACGUUGACUUUGUUUGCCAGGCCAGAGCUGUGUCUGCCUAUGGGAGAGAAGCAGUAGGGGAGAGGGCAGGGGUAAAUCGAUUUGGCCAGGCCCGUCAGUUCAGUCGCAACCAAUCCAAAGCAGCCUACUAUCCCAUGGAAGUCACUGAGGCGGCCGUGGGCCCUCCUGAUAGCCUUCCACCAAUGCACGAUUACCAAUACCACCAUCAGGGGGGGGUAUGGCGCCCGCUCAGUGCCCACCCAAGCUCCUUCCCCACUCCUCCCCCCAGGCCUCUCGGCCACUCCCAGAGCAUCAGCGUCCGUUUCUCCACCAGCAGCGCAAGCCUUGCUGGAGGGCAGCCCGCCAGUCACGGCCAAGGCUUCAGGACGUCUGCCUCCGCCCAGCACAUGGAUUCACCUUCCGUUCUGAGCUCCGCGGGCGGGGUUACCGGUUAUCAUGACGACCUCUUUCUAAUCUCCUCUCCCCAGUCGGAAAUACGCAUGGCAGGAGGCGGGACUUAUCCCGGAGAGGCGGGCCGUUUGUCCCGGGACACUCCUUUUAUGGGCGUUGUCGACAGGACGGCGAGGGUGCACCAGCAUUAUCAGCAACAAGCUCCUUCCAGCUCUGCGUCCUGUCUCAGCCCGUCUCGCUCCUGGGCCGUGUCUUCAGUGGACACGGUGGUCACCUCGCCUGGCAAAACCCCCACCAACAAAGGAGGCUUCGGUCAACCCCAGCCAUCCUCCAUCGCCUACCACAACCGCAGCAACAACAACGCCCACAACGACAACCAGCUCGACUACUAUCCUCAGGGCGAAGGCUCGGUGCAAGUGGCCAGUCAGAAUCCCUCCUACCGGGAUGUGAAGCUGGCUCGAACUCUGCCGGUGACCCACAGCUGCUCAGACAGACUUAGUGACAGACAGAGGGGCCCUACCUCUCCUGUCAAACCAAAAAGACCUUUUGUAGAGUCCAAUGUAUAGAGAAAGCUUUAAAUGGUAAGUCAGAGACAAGAACGGAGGAGGGUUAAAAAGAAAUGUGUGCACUCGUACCGUAUAUUCCUAUAUUCACUGGGGCUAUGGAAUUAUUAAGGCCGGGCUAUGCUUGAAAUGAACUUGUUUGUACGACAUGUAGUUCGUAUGACAUUAAGAGGGGCAAGACGCAAUAAACUUUUAAAUCUGGUUAACGGCACACACUCUCCUUGAAGGUUUUCAUGGUGCGCGGUUGCACUUGGUUGUACGCACUCGUACAGAGGAAAUAAUGAUUGAAGUUGUAGUGUGAAGAAAAAGGAGGACUUGAGAGAGAAGUUCGAAUCCCACCUACGUUUUUCACUUCCGCACACCCAGCCGAUGGCUGCCAGAAGUGUCCAUGCUUGCUGGAUUGUCGGUUUCGGAAAGACAAGCGCUUUCUUUGAAACUUACAGACUCCAUUUAUUGUUCAGAGGAGAUGGGGAGAAGCAGAAAUUCUACAUAUACAUUUGAUAUGGAACAUUUUGCCUGUUACAGGUCAGGUCUAUCCAUUAACCAGCCAGAGGGAUAAGGGAAGAGAAUGCUUAGACAUUAGACAUCUCCUGCCAUUACAAAGCACAAUGAGGAAGAGGAAGAUUCAAGGAAAAUGAGGGGAAAAAAACAAAACAAAUACAUCCGGUAGCACUAAAAAAAAAUCCUUCCUUCCUGGCCCUGUUCAUCUCUGGCUUACAGUACAUUAUACUGAUGUCUCCGAAUGCCCACAAUCUAGAGAUGCUGCCAAGUUCACAUCUACGACUCUAGACGGCGACAUUUAGUCAGACAAGAGAGACACCACACCACCACUAUCACCUUUGUCUGCUGCUUACGCUUUAAUGAAGAUUUUCAUUUCAAGUUUGAAGCGCUUACCUGAUACGACUGGAAACCUGGAUACAGUCACUGCGGGAUCCAGCCUCUAAAACCUGUUCCAGUCAGAUGCUGGUCAGUGACCCGGUCCCAAGCCAUAGUUUGAGAAACUAGGAUGAUGCUGUCAUUGAAUAAGCACUGGCUUGCUGUAUAUA